CUUAUCGCUGGGCGCUCACCUCCAUCCUUUUUAGUUAUUGUUUUGGUGCUUGCACGUGUUUUCUUUUACUGCGUUUAAAAAGCCAAAUACUAGCAAUGUCAGACAAAUACGCAGUGCCCAACAAAUUGCCCGGCAAAACAGUAUCGGUGCUGAAGCAUCGCAAGAGGAGAAUUCUCCAGGAUGAAUCUGUUGUGACGCAGAAAAGAAAUGACCGCAUCAAGAAGAGGACCGCCACCAAGAAUCACCACAAGUUCCGCCGUGCCGAAUCCUUCGUAAUGGGCUACCUGAAAGCAGAGCGCACGGCCAAGCGGAUCAAACAAACCAUUUUGCGCACCAAUGUCACCGAGCAAAGUGCCAAAUCUGCCGACGAUUCCAAUCCCAAACUGCUCUUCGUAAUGCGCCAUGCGGGCAAGAAGAUCUUCGACAAGACCACCGCGGAAAUAUUCCGAACCCUGCGCAUGGGCUCACGCCACAACGCCGUAUUCCUGGAGAACACCAAGGAGAACCAGUUGCUGCUGCGCGUUAUCGAACCCUUUGUGGUCUACGGCAACCCCUCGCUGAGCUCCAUUCGCGAGCUGGUCUUCAAGAAGGGUUUCGCCCGCAUUGACGGCAAGAAGACUGCCAUCCAGUCGAACACCAUGGUGGAGGAACAGCUGGGCGCCAAGGGUGUUAUCUGUCUGGAGGAUAUAAUCCAUGAAAUCUGCACAGUGGGUCCUAAUUUCUCCGCUGUCAAUGAGUUCCUGUGCGCCUUCACGUUGUCCAGUCCCAGCAAUGGUUGGCAAAAAAAGGUAUCCGUCUCGUACAAACGCGGUGGCGAAUACGGCGAUCGUGGCAAUGCCAUCAACGAAUUGAUUGCCCGCUGCCUGUAGAGACCCUAGCCUAGUAAACCUUUAAGUGAUUGUUCAACCUCUAUAACCCAUUCUGUAGCUAAGCCCAAUACACAUUUAUAUACAUACA